AUGGAUGUCUCUAAGGUAACAGCAGUCACUGAAUGGCCUCGACCUUCCAAAAUCAAGGAACUACAGUGGUUCCUGGGCUUUGCCAACUUCUAUCGCCAUUUCAUUAGGAAUUACAGUAUCAUUGCAGCGCCACUCACGUCAUUGCUCAAAGAAAAGCCCAACAAAUUGCCAUGGAAGGAUGCCGCAUACCAGGCCUUCAUCUCCCUCAAGUCAAGCUUCAGGACCACUCCGAUACUGAAACAUCCUGACCCCAAUCUUCCCUUUGUCGUUGAGAUAGACGCUUCAGAUUGCAGGAUUGGAGCGGUCCUGUCACAAUGUCAUGGAACCCCAGGCAAGCUUUACCCUCGUGCCUUUUUCUCCAGAAAGUUGAACUCAGCAGAACGAGAACCUUCUACGGUGCCAUCAGUGGACGACUGGAUUAGGCGAAGUGAGAGGGUGUGGGACAGUGCACAUGUCUGUCUACAGCGAGCAGUCCGAGCACAACGCUUCCAGGCUGACCGACGGAGGCGCCCCAUCCCAACUAUCAGCCAGGACAGAGGGUCUGGUUGUCCACAAGGGAUCUUAAGUUGCGGCUACCCUGCAGGAAGCUCAGUUCAAGCGUCUGGCUCUGAAAACACGGAUUCUGAGUCUCCACCUCCAUUGGAGGUAGAUGGAGCCCCAGCGUAUAUGGUCAGAGAGAUCAUGUACUCAAGACGACGAGGGAGCCAGAUGCAAUACUUGGUGGACCAGGAGGGCUACGGACCAGAGGAGAGAUCAUGGGUAGCCACCAAGGACAUAUUGGACCAGUCCCUGAUCCAAGAAUUUCAUCAUGCCCAUCCUAAUCGUCCAGCACCACGACCAAGGGGACGUCCCAGCAGAAGAACACCAGGAGUUGUUCGUAGAGGGGGGGGUUCUGUAACAUCCGAGGUUGAUACCCCUCCUACCAACCACCAGAGGGAGCCCUCUCCCGAAUACUGAUCGUCACUCAUUUCUUCUCUGCUCACUUCCUGUUUUCACUGUAUAAAUAGUCAUGCACUUCCACUUAUACUUUGCGAAUUAUUGCCAGUUAACCUGCCUUACCAAGCAAUUUUCCAUUGUUAUUGUUGAUUGUUUUCAUGUUAUGACCAUUGCCUGUUUUUCUGGAAUUACUGCCUUUUGAAUACCCCUUAGUUUUGUUUGCCUUUUUGGACUGUCUUUUUGGUAUAUUGGA